AUGUGGCGCGUACUAGUCAUCACGGUCGUCCUGGUCGCCACGUCGGUGGGCGACAAGGUAGCGGUCCUGCCCCACGACGUAUAUCCGGGCUACGAAGUCACCCAAUUCGACACGAAACGCCCGUCGAAUUUCCAUCUGAUGGAGAACGGUUACUCGAAGUUCUUCACCGUACUUGGGAACGGUCUGGUGAUGACCACAUCCGAUUUAUCCCCGUUGGUCGACCGUCCUGUGAAUCUAAUCGUUCUCGAGGAUCUGGCGAACGGGACCGAGACACAUUUCCUUCAUCUCUACGUGAUUAAUCGCAGGAACAUGAUCACCUUCUCCCACGAUCAUCUCGGUGUGGGUGAGGUUUCCGAAAACUCUGCGGCAGGCACGUUGAUCGACGGUUUUCCGGUUCUGCGGGCACGAGGAAGCUUCCCAGUCCAUUAUGCGAUCCUCCCGGACGAAACCGGGGAUAGAGCGUUUAUUCUCAGGGAGGAGGAUUCGAAUAAAACUGGCUUCAAUCUGACACUGAACAGCCAAAAGGAAGGCGUCCGAGUGGUGACCGCGAAGCCCCUUGAUCGGGAAACUAAGAAGCUCUACGCGGUCACGAUACACGCUUCCGAUGGGAACUUCCUUAGCACCUCGCGAAUCAACGGGGUGGUCCACGUUCUCGAUGUGAACGACAACAGUCCUGUAUUCGAGAAGGAACUGUACAUGUUCGAGAUCAGACCAACUAAUUUGGACGCGAUUCACAAGAAUUCUGUAGCCCUACCGGGCUGGAAACGUUUCGCCACGGUCGGCAAGGUUGUAGCAAAAGAUGCUGAUGGGGACAAGGUCGCGUACAAAUUGCUCACGUCCAGCAGCCUGCUGGUAGUCGUCCCACAAACCGGUGAACUUAUGCUAGCUGGAGAGCCGGAAAUUACGAUCGACGAGGACAGCGAGUGCGUGGUAAUCGUGGAGGCUCACGAUGUCAGGACACCGAGCCGAUCGACCGAGAAACCAGCCAAGGUUGUCGUUCGAUUCGUCACGUCCGAACCGAUGGAGAUGCAGGUACAUCGGAUCGAGAAACGAAGGGUGACCAGAGCCGUCAGGCCGACGAAGAAGGUGGACUUCACAGAGGCGGACGGCGAUGUUCAGGGGAAAAUCGCGUUUUAUCUGGAGAAAGAGAACGAGAAGGAGACGUAUAAGAUUCGGGACGAUAACAAGUGGGUCACCGUAGGACCUAAUGGAUCUGUCAUUGUCAAGCAGAAGUGGGAUUACGAGGAAUUAGGGUCGGAAAAGACUAUUGACUUUUGGGUGACCAUCACGAAUACAGGAUUCCAAUACACGGACAAUCAGCGUGUCAUUAUCAACAUGAAGGACGUUAACGAUGAGCCGCCGUACUUCGUAAAUCGGCCCUUGCCAAUGCAAACGGUGGUACAGCUGAACGCGCCGCCGAAUACACACGUGUUCACCCUACAAGCACGGGAUCCUGACACCGACAGCAAUAUUCACUACUUUAUGGUUCGAGAUCGGACUGGAGGCCGUUUCGAGGUAGACGAGCGAUCCGGCGUUGUACGGACCCGGGGGACCGAUUUGUUUCAGUUGGACAUGGAAUACGUUCUGUACGUGAAAGCGGAGGAUCAGAACGGGCGUAUAGACGAGAAGCGGUUUCAGUCGACUGCUGAGGAGCGGUUAUCGAUCGUAGGUGGAAAACGGGCGCCGCAAUUCUAUAUGAAGGCGUACGAAGCCGAGAUACCGGAAAACCAGAAGAAAGACUCCGACAUCAUAUCAUUGAAAGCAAAAUCAUUCGCUGAUCGCGAAAUACGGUACACACUAAAGGCCCAGGGUAAAGGCGCGGCAGGAACAUUCAAUAUUGGCCCGACAUCCGGCAUCGUGAAGCUUGCUAAAGAAUUAGACUUCGAGGAUUUACGUCAACCCCACAUUUAUUCUCUAAUAGUGACAGCCACCGAAGACUCUGGAGGUUUCUCCACGUCUGUCGAGCUGACCAUCCGUGUCUCGGACGUGAACGACAACGCGCCGAAAUUCGAGUUGCCUGACUAUCAGGCGCACAACGUCGACGAGGAUAUAUCGCUGGGAACGAGUAUACUAAAAGUGAAAGCAACUGACGCGGAUUCCGGCACGAACGCGGAAAUAGAGUAUCUGGUGUCGGACGACCACUUCAGUGUCGACUCGAACGGGCUGAUUGUUAACAAUAAACAGCUGGACGCGGACAACAACAAUGCUUAUUAUGAAUUUGUUGUCACAGCCAAAGACAAAGGCGAGCCACCGAAAACAGGCACGGCAACGGUGCGGAUUUACACGAAGAACAAGAACGACGAGGAGCCGAAGUUCUCCCAGCAGGUGUACACGCCGAACGUGGACGAAAACGCCGGGCCGAACACUCUCGUGACGACUGUGGUCGCGUCAGACAAGGACGGCGACAACGUCCGAUUUCGAUUCGUCGGCGGCAACACCACGUCCGGUCAGUUCGUGAUCGAGGAGAUCACCGGUGUGAUCCGUCUUCACGGGAAGAACAUCUCGUUGGCCAGGGACAAAUACGAGCUGAACGUUACCGCCCUCGAUGACGGCGCCUGCUGCCCGAACGGCGAGACGACCACGCACACCAGCACCGCUGUCGUUGUGGUCUUCAUCACGGACGUUAACGAUAACAAGCCGGUUUUCAAAGAUUGUAGCUCGUACAACCCGAAAGUCGAGGAGGGCGCGCCAAAUGGCAGUACUGUUAUCAAGGUCCAGGCGACCGACGAGGACAAGGGCGUGAAUGGCCAGGUGAAAUAUUCGAUCGUCCAGCAACCGAAUCAAAAGGGGACGAAGUUCACCGUGGACGAGGAGACUGGUCAAGUUCAGACGAAUAAGGUAUUUGAUCGGGAAGGGGACGAUGGAAAAUUUGUGUCUGUCACUGUCAAAGCAACCGAUCAGGGCGAACCUUCCUUGGAAGGUGUAUGCUCCUUCACUGUUGAAAUCACUGAUGUCAAUGACAACCCGCCAUUGUUCGACCGUCAGCGAUACAUUGAAAACGUGAAACAGGACGCGAGUAUUGGCACGAACAUUCUAAGAGUGUCGGCAUCGGACGAAGAUGCCGACAAUAAUGGCGCCAUAACGUACUCGUUGAGCUCGGUUAACAAUGACCAGGGCUUGGAGUACUUUGAGAUUCAACCAGAGUCUGGUUGGAUCGUGUUAAAGAAGCCCCUAGACCGUGAGAUGUACAAGCUGGAAGCGAUGGCCCAAGACAAGGGCUUCCCGCCCUUGUCGCGAACGGUGGAGGUACAGAUUGACGUUGUGGACCGUGCGAAUAAUCCGCCCGUAUGGGACCACAUAGUGUAUGGCCCGGUCUACUGUAAAGAGAACGUGGCCGUCGGGGCUAAAGUUGUGUCUGUUAAAGCCAGGUCUGUCACACUGUUAAUGCUCCGUGCGGCUCUGCACGAACCCGCCCUGCACGCAAUCUCGUGGCAGUAUUGUUCUUGUGCACGUUAA